AUGGAGUCAGACUUGAGUGGCAUGAUGCAGAAAUUCUCACUUGCUGGUAAUGAACUCUCAGGAACGACGUUAGACUUAUGGGACCUGGAAAGUGGUAUAAAGGAUUGUAAGGAUAGCUUAAUUGGGAGAGUUAUGGGUGAGAAGAUAUUCACCAUACCUAACUGGGAGGAGAGGGAUAAGAUCUUGCAAGGUUGGCCUUGGGUCAUAGAUAACCAAGUUUUGGUUCUGAACAGGUGGAAGGAAAGUAUUGAAGGAGAUAUGGAGGCGUUUAAAGUGACUCCUAUGUGGGUGCAGGUGUGGAAUUUGCCUGUGCACUGGCUCUCGAAGGAGGUUGGACGUAAAAUAGGGGCAGUUUUUAAGCAAGUUAAAGAGAUUGUCAUUCCCCAAAUGGGUGGUAAGGAAGAAAGACAUCUAAAGUUAUUGGUGUUGGUGGACUUAUCUAAACCUCUUCUGCGAGGGACCAUAGUAAAAACUGAGGAGAAUAUGACUUGGGUUGCCUUUAAAUAUGAACAAUGCCCUGAUUUUUGUUAUAACUGUGAAUUCGUUGGGCAUAAUGAAAGGACUUGUUCUAAGCAGGGAGAUACUUCUGGAGGGAAGGUGGAUAAUCAAUUUGGUCAUUGGCUGCGAGCAGGAGUAGGAAAGGUUCUCUCCGAAGGCCUAAAUGGGAAGAGAACUGUAGUUGAGCAGUUGGCUUCCACUCAACAGGAGGAACUCAGAGGUGAACCUAAUAGGUUGGUAGGAGCGCAGGCACACUCUAAGAUGGAUAAGAUCGAACAGGUAGGAGCAAUAGGAAUUGAUGCAAAUCCAUUGAUUGAGGGUAUUUCGGAGAUGGAGGAGGAUAACAGUAGUGGAAUUCCUGUUGUAGGCAAUGUUGGGGUAAGGAAAAGAGAACAGGUGGACUCAAUAAGGAGUCAGGAUAGGAAUUAUAACAAGGGGAAAGUGCAGGAAGCUAUUAGGAAGCAAUCUAAAAGGUUGAAUAGGAAGGUUUAUGCCCCUAUGAAGUCUAGGAGAUCUUUAAGUGAGCUGAAUAGAAAGGUAAGUAAUCAGCUUGGUGGGAGUAAAAGGAAAAUGAUGAAGCUAGAGAAUGAUAUGGAGUGCGAUGGAAGUGAGGGUCAGAACUGGAAGAAAUCUAAGUCCUUGGAGAUGCUGGUGGUUCUAGAGGCUGAUCAAGUGGAGGUGGGGUCCUUCCCUAAUGGGGCCCCCACGGGUAAAUGA